AAACUAGUGAAACUCAAACCACACCAACAGUAUUUCCCACUCACUCCCUUCCAAACAGACAGCAAAACACACUGCAAUUCAUUACGGCCCCACCAUGCCAGCUGCCAUCCCCUUCUUCUCCUUCUUCUUCUUCUCUCAUCUCUCAUCCAUUCAUCUCUCUCUCUCUCUACUCUCCAACACCAAUGCUCAACCCUCCCACCACCGACACCAUGACCGACCAACUCUCCGACCAAACCUCCAUCUUCGGCCUCCGUCUUUGGGUCGUCCUCGGCGUCUCUGUCGGCGUCGCCAUCGUCCUCCUCCUCUUCCUCAUCUCCGUCUGGCUCGCUUACAAACGCAACAACAACAAAAACUCCAACACGUUAAAAACUUCUAUCCCAAACAUCUCCAAAGAGAUCAAAGAAAUCAAACUCGACGUUCUUCCGUCCAACAAUCCACAGCCCGACCCGUUUCCUGAACCCGACCCACUCUCAUCCACCGAACAUCAACAACAAAACCACCUCGAAGAAGAAACUCCCUUGAGUUACAAGAGAAUCCAGCUUGAGAUAGGGAAAAACCAUAGAAUCUCUUACCCUGAACAACGUACUUCUUCUCGAGCUAGUAAUAAUUCUCAUGAAAACAGUGGAGAAUCUCGACCGUUGGAUCAAACUCCUACCGCGAUACCUCAAGUUUCUCAUCUCGGUUGGGGUCAUUGGUAUACUCUUAGAGAAUUAGAAGAUGCUACCAAUGCUUUUGCUCCCGAUAAUGUUAUUGGGGAAGGUGGUUAUGGAAUUGUUUAUCAUGGUAUUUUGAAAGAUAACACUCAAAUUGCUGUUAAAAAUUUGCUUAAUAACAGGGGACAAGCUGAGAGAGAGUUCAAGGUGGAAGUCGAAGCUAUAGGACGGGUUCGCCAUAAGAAUUUAGUGAGGUUGCUUGGUUAUUGUGCUGAAGGUGCUCAUAGAAUGCUAGUGUAUGAGUUUGUUGAUAAUGGUAACUUGGAGCAAUGGUUACAUGGGGAUGUUGGGCCGAGUAGUCCUCUAACAUGGGAAAUUCGAAUGAAUAUUAUUCUUGGAACGGCGAAAGGGUUGACUUAUCUUCAUGAGGGGCUAGAACCGAAAGUUGUUCAUAGGGAUAUUAAAUCGAGCAACAUUUUGCUUAGUAAGCAGUGGAAUUCAAAGGUUUCUGACUUCGGUCUUGCCAAGCUUCUUAGCCCUGAUAGCAGCUAUAUUACGACCCGUGUCAUGGGAACAUUUGGAUACGUAGCUCCUGAGUAUGCAAGUACUGGAAUGUUGAAUGAACGAAGUGAUGUAUAUAGUUUUGGGAUUCUUAUUAUGGAAGUGAUUACAGGCAGGAAUCCAGUUGAAUAUAGUCGUCCUGCAGAAGAGGUGAAUUUAGUUGAGUGGCUGAAGAAGAUGGUUGGUAACAGAAAUCCCGAGGGAGUGUUGGAUCCAAAGCUUCCUGAGAAACCAACUUCGAGAGCACUAAAGCGAGUUCUUCUUGUAGCCUUACGAUGCACCGACCCUAAUGCACAAAAGCGGCCUAAAAUGGGACAUGUAAUACACAUGCUUGAAGCUGAAGAUUCCCCUUACAAAGAGGAUCGCCGUGCUAGAAGAGAGGCAGCAGGACAGUCACCUAUUGCCAGAAUAGACAAUAGAUUGAAAGAGGAGGCUUCUGUAUCUGUUGACGACGGUGUACAUGAAAACGAGAAAUCUAUAAGCGAGACAAGUUCAAAUCAUGAAAUACAGAAGCAAUAAAUUUGCAUAUCUGUCUCUUCAAUGACAACGAGAAAAACCUGUGCUGCAACUACUCAUCCUAUCCUCCCUUUACAACCUGUCAUUGCAAAACGCAAACAGGAUUUUCAUUCAUGGGGGGCCUUAAUGUGCCUUUUGCUUUAGAUUGUUGGCACGUUCUAUACCUCAGCGGACACUGCCACUGCCAUAACCUUGCAUCGAGAUUUCUUCACUUUCUAUCUCCCAUGUCAUUUUUUAAGGGGAUGAUUGUAUUUUAGCUAUAGGCCGGUCGUGUAAAUUAUAGUCACACGGUUCAAUUCAUCCAAUAAAACUAUUUUGAUUUUCCUUCAA